AUGGACGAACAUAAAAUUCCCGCAUUAUCAGAGUAUCAUGUAGAUGACUAUAACUUUGAAGGAAAUGUGAUUCAGAGAAUGGAAUUAUUGAUUUUGCAUACAUUGGAAUGGAAAAUGAAUUCAAUUACACCUUUUGCUUUUCUCCACAAUUUCACCACCAAGUUGUGUGGUGAAUGCAGCCAUAAAGAACUGAAUCGGCCUUCCAUAAUUGCUGCAGCCGCGGUUUUAGCAGCUUAUGAUUACCAGUUGACUAACAAAGAAUUGGAGAUUAAGAUGAACACAAUCUCAUCAUGGGGGUCCCUAGAAAAAGAGCACAUAUUUUCCUGCUAUAGUCUACUGCAGGAAAUUGGGAUGCUGGAAUCCAACACCCCUAACUCUGUGGUUACGCCAAAUUUAUUGUCGAUGCCUUCAAGUUCCACGGUUGUGCUUGCGAAUUCUUCACUUUCCACUGCUGGCAAGAAAACUUAUUGUGUUUAUUCGUUGCACGGUAAUGAAGCCUUGAAGUUAGAUGAUAAAAUUGGAUUACUAAAGCCAAAAUAUGGUAUGAUCAGUGAUUUGGGGUUGAUUGGUGGGGGCUGA